AUCUGAUGACAAAAUAAAUCAUCAUCUUACCUCACUGGGUGCUUUCAUUGUUGUUCAUCACGACUUGCGAGAUGAUGAGGGAAUGAAAAAAACACCAAAAAUCAUAUUUAUCAUAUUUAUCCAUCUUUGGGUGGCGACGCAAAAGAGAUUGUUGGAUGGAAACCACCAGCAAGCAGCUCCUUCCCUCUUAGAUUCUGUUGCGCAUCUCUUCUUUCCUUCCCUCUCUCUCUCUCUCUUUCUCUCUCUCUUUCUCCUUUCGGACCCCUCCCCAGACAAUAUUCUCCAAAAGAAGAAGAAACUUGCCAGACGGGAACGCAGCACAUCGAUCAUCUCAGACAAUGAGCAGCCCACUGGAGAAGGUCGUGGCCCAGAAGAAGCAGUCCAUCGAGGCCGCCAUGGACAUGUUGGAAAGGGGCGCCGAGGUGAUGGCCGGCGCCGUCGGCGAGCUCUUCCCUCUCUGCGAGGCCGCCGCCCCUGUCCUACGUCUGGCCUUGGACAACGUCCAGAGCAAGGAGGUCUUCUACGUGAAAGAGCAGUUCCUGACGGUGAGGAACAGCUUGGACGUGCUCUCCAGCCAGCUGGAGGACAUCGACUGCGAGAUCAAGAAGGGGCGUCUGGACUCUCAGUAUUUUAGCGUGGAGGAGAACAUCAGGAACCAGUUCAGGAAGUACAUGGACAUCAUCGAGGCUAAGGAGCAGUUCCGGGAGGUGAAGACCAAGCUUUUUCUGGAGCAUUUCUCCAAAAGCGGAGGGGAGAAGAACCUGUUUGUGCUCUACGACGCUCUGAUGGGAAACAACAGUUUUGCAGAGUCCAUCUUGGACGUGGUGGAAAAGUACGUGUCGAGGAACCGCCGCCUUCUGGAGGACUUCUGCGUCCACAUGAAGGAGCUCCUCUGCUUGGGUCUGAUUGCUCUGCUGGGCCACUCGGCUUUGACCCGCGACCAAGAAGAAGAACAGGACAAGCUCCAAGAGUGGAGCCGCAAGAUGGAUGAAAUGGAGUCCCGCAUGAAGAGAACCAUCGAGUCCUGCAUCGCCGCUUUCCCCGAGCAAGCCAAGCUGGACGCUCAGCAUCUCCUGCAGGAGAAGCAAACCGAGAACCUCCAGGAUACAACCCAGGAGCUUCUCGACUUCCUGGUGAAAAAGUACGACUGGGUGAGCUGGUCCGUACGCCUCAUUAACCACGCUGGGAGCACCUACCGAAAGUGGCGCGCCGGCGAGCACUUCCACCACGUGGCGGGACGCAACUGGUUCGAGGUGCUCCAGGUGAACAACAUCAACCUGGUGGUGUCCUUCAGCACUCGGCCGCGGUCGGUGCCGCGGGACUUGGUUCUGCAGAUGAUGGAGGGUCAGGCCAGGAAGGGCAACGCCCCCGCCGUGGUGGACGUCCUGGAGAAGCAGCUGAGCGGCUUCGUGGUGCACGCCGUCAGUCGUCACAAGGAGUCGGCGGCGGCGUGGAGCUUUCCCGAAGAAUGCCACUACUGGGAACGCCACAAGAACGUGGCCGUGUGCGUACACUCGGACUAACCCGAAUGUUCUACAACGAAUAAAUUGAUACGCCAAGUGUCGUUAAAGCGUCCAUCUAAACGGUGGAGACGCUAAAAUGGACAAUUUAGGAGGAUUUUGCAAUGCCAAAAAUUAUUUGUCUAUGAGCACCAAAUCUAUCCUUGCAAAAAAGGCCAGUAAGGAUAAUUCAUAAUGCCGCCUACAGAGAACAUACUAACUCCUUAUUUGUAAAAUAACAAAUACUUCAACUUGCUGAUAUAGUUCAUCUUCAAACAGCUAAAAUAAUGCAUAAGGCUAAAAAUAAGCAAUUAGCUAAAAAUGUCAUCCAAUACUUCUCUACAAGAGAGGAGAAAUAUGAUCUCAGGGAAGAAGUACAUUUGAAACACUUAUAUGCUAGGACUACGUUAUGCUUAAAU